AUGGGUAAAUAUAAUUUUGUUACAAAAUUUAACUAUUUUUAUUAUAAUAAAAUUUUUUUGAAAAAUAAAAAAAUAUAUAAAAUGGUAAAAAAUAUUUCAUUUUCUUCACAUUGUCAAGAUAAAUACGAGUUAAUUAAAAAGAAUGAAGAUGCAUAUAAUUUAGAAGACACCUUCAUUAGGUCUAUUCGUAAAAUGAAUAAUACUUCUUUAGUAUAUACAUCUGAAGAUAUUAAUAAAAAUGGAAUGAACAAUAAAUAUUUAUGGGAAUUAAUAUAUAAUAGAGCAAAAGAAAUUAAAAAUUCAUUUUCGAUAAAUGAAAUCGUUGUAUUAUUUCAUGCAUAUUGCAAUAGCUUAUCUUAUGAUAUAAAUUGUAUGCAAAUUAUCAAUUUUUUUUGGGAUUUAUUAAAUAACAAAAUGAAUAAUUUAAACUAUUCAUCAUUGUUAGCCUUAUAUUCAUGUGCUGAAAAAACAAAAAAUUCCCAAAAAAUAAAAGAAAUUAGCAAUAUCCUUUUAAAGUAUAUGUUAGAUCAUCCUUCAGAAAUGAAACUUACAGAAAAGGGAUUGAAUAUUAUUUUGAAAAUAUGCAUCUAUAACUCUAAUGAUAACAUUGACAAUAAGAGUGUUAUAAAUAUUAGUAAUCAUAUACAAAAUGUUGACUUAAAAGAUGUUAAAACGGCUAUGUUAUGUUUGCAUUUUUUUUUAAUAUUCAAUUCAUUUGGUGAACCAUUCGUCAACUUAUUAAAAAAAAUACAAUCCUUAUUAAUUUUUAAAAAAAUAAAUCCAUAUAUUGUUUUAAAAUAUUUAUAUCUUCUCACUAAUAUUAACAAUCACCCUAUUGCAAUUAAAGAGGUGAAAAACACGAUAUCCAUUAUUUAUUUAUUACACCGAGCAAAUAAUAAUUCAUAG